GCGUCGCAGUAAAGUGACGCAGCUGUGAACCUCCCAGUUGUGCAGCUUGUUAUGGCGGCGCUCCUGAGAGGACUGCGAGCUGGAAGGCUCCUCCGAGGGCUGUCUAGCGUGGUCGCUGCACCGACAUCAACAACCCCUCAGUGCAGCAGCCGAGGCUUCCACUGUGCAUCACUGAGACUGAAGGACGAGUCCAAAUCUGACAAACACUCUGCAUCUUCAUCCUACUCCUCCUCAUCAUCCACAACCCACAAUGAGUACACCUCCCAGCAGGAUUCAGAUCCAAGCAGUGGUGAUCAGGAGCAGGACGAGGAGUAUGAAACAGAGGAGCAGCUGCAGGCUCGAAUUCUGACGGCGGCUCUGGAGUUUGUCCCGCUGCACGGCUGGUCCAUGGAAGCCAUCUCCGCUGGGGCUGAAGCUGUGGGUUUGUCCUCUGCAUCCACUGGGAUGUUCAUCAAUGGAGCGGGAGACUUGGUCCUACAUUUCAUCUCCCAGUGCAACUCCAAGCUGACAGAGAUCCUGGCUGAACAACACAAUCAAGUCCAGCUGGGUCAGGCAGAACCAAAGAAGACGGCUGACUUCCUAAGAGAUGCAGUAGAGACCAGGCUGCGGAUGUACAUCCCCUACAUGGAAUCCUGGCCACAGGCGAUGAGCAUCUUGCUCCUUCCUCACAACAUCCCCGAAAGCUUGAAGCAUCUCUCCACCAUGGUGGACGACAUCUGGUACUACGCCGGGGACCGCUCCACAGACAUGAACUGGUACACAAAGCGGGCAGUGCUGACCGGUCUGUAUAACGCAACAGAGCUGGUGAUGCUGCAAGAUUCCUCUCCGGACUUCCAGGACACCUGGACCUUCCUUGAUAACCGCAUUCAGGACGUAACCAACAUGGCCGUCACGGCAAAGCAGAUGCAGUUGACUGGUGAAGCUGUAGCACAGGGUCUUAUGGGAGCUGCAGUUACGUUGAAGAACCUCACAGGACUGAACCAGAGACGAUGAUGUGAAACAUUUCUCAGGCACAGGAAGCCCAACCAUAAUGUCAUGAGCUGAGGAUGGUGUGUUUUCUGAGACGGGGGGGAUUGCUCUUAUCUUUUCAGUUGUAUGGUGUGGCUGAAGGGAUUUCACUAUUGAUUUUAAGAACACAGAAACACCUGAUUUGUUGAAAGUCCUCUGUAUAUUUCAGUUCACCUUCAGUACGAGUGGCUUUCUUUUGUUUUAGUCAAAUAAUUAUUUUUGUCUGUUGUAUAGCAGUACAAGAACAGAUUCAAUUUGGUUGUGGAGUCGUAAGCCAAAUAAAGUAGUGUAUAUUCAA